AUGUUGGCCAUCUUCCAGAAGCAGGUGGCGCACGCGCCGCAGGAGCUCAACAGCCCGCGCGGCAGCACCGCCAAGCCCAAGAACCCCGACGAGAUCCUCCGCGACUUCCACGCCGCCCACCCCUCCGACGCCUUCUCCACCUCCUUCGGCGGCGGCGCCGCCCUCGCCUGCGUCGCCGCGCAGCCCCGCAACCUCGCCGCCGCCGGCUACCAGAGGAUGUUCUGCGGGCUGGACGACAUCUACUGCGUCUUCAUGGGCACGCUGGACAACCUGAGCGCGCUGAUGCGGCAGUACGGCCUCACCGGCCGCUCCACCAACGAGGCGCUGCUGGUGAUCGAGGCCUACCGCACCCUGCGCGACCGGGGCCCCUACCCGGCGGACCAGGUGGUGAAGGACCUGUCCGGCUCCUUCGCCUUCGUCGUCUUCGACAACCGCGGCAGGUCGGGGUCGGGGGCGGCGGUGUUCGCGGCGCAGAGCACGGACGGCGGGGUGCCGCUGCACUGGGGCGUGGCGGCGGACGGGUCGGUGGUGAUCUGCGACGACCGCGGCGUGGCCAAGGCCGGGUGCGGGCGGUCGUACGCGCCGUUCCCGCCCGGGUGCAUGUUCCACAGCGAGGGCGGGCUCAAGAGCUUCGAGCACCCCAUGAACCGGCUCAAGGCGUUCCCGCGCGUGGACAGCGAGGGCGUCAUGUGCGGCGCCAACUUCAAGGUCGACGCAUUCACCAAGAUCAACUCCAUGCCCCGCGUCGGCAGCGCCACCAACUGGGCCGCCACCUGGGACGACGCCGCCAUCUAG